GCUGCGCCGCCACCGGGAGCCGGGCCGCGAGCCGGGCCGGGCCGCCAUCAUGCUGAGCCGGCUCGGGGCACUGCUGCAGGAGGCCGUGGGGGCGCGGGAGCCCAGCAUUGACCUGCUGCAGGCCUUCGUGGAACAUUGGAAAGGCAUCACACACUACUAUAUCGAGAGCACAGAUGAAAACACCCCAGCCAAGAAAACAGAUAUCCCCUGGCGACUGAAGCAGAUGUUGGACAUCCUGGUGUAUGAGGAGAAGCAGCAGGCAUCCUCUGGUGAGGCUGGACCCUGUCUGGAAUACUUGCUACAACACAAGAUCCUGGAGACCCUGUGCACUCUGGGCAAAGCGGAGUACCCCCCAGGCAUGCGACAACAGGUGUUCCAGUUCUUCAGCAAGGUCCUGAGCCAGGUGCAGCACCCACUGCUGCACUACCUGAGUGUGCACAGGCCUGUGCAGAAACUUCUCCGACUUGGAGGGACAGUCCCUGGAUCCCUCACAGAAAAGGAAGAAGUUCAGUUCACCAGUGUCCUCUGCUCUAAGAUACAGCAGGAUCCAGAGCUGCUGGCCUAUAUUCUAGAGGGUAAAAAAAUUAUAGGUAAGAAGAAAACAGCCAGAGAGUCUACAGCUCCGCCUAAAGACAUAGCUGGCUACAGGGACAAGGACUGUCCCCACAGUGAUGCUCUCAACAGGGAUCCUGGACUGGAUAAGGAGCACUGUGGUGUCCCAGCACUGAGCAUCCACCUGCCCGCUGAGACUGAGGGGCCAGAAAACGGGCCUGGGGAGAGCAAUCUUAUCACCUCCCUGCUGGGACUGUGCAAGAGCAAGAAGAGUCGGCUGGCCCUGAAGGCACAGGAGAACAUACUGCUGCUGGUAAGCGUGGCCUCACCAGCAGCUGCCACCUACCUGACACAGAGUACCUCCUGCUGUAUGGCGAUAGCUGAGCACCUCUGCCAACUGUACCGGUCCAUGCCAGCCUGCCUUGACCCAGCAGACAUUGCCACUUUAGAGGGCAUCAGCUGGAGGUUACCCAGUGCCCCAUCUGAUGAGACCGCUUUCCCUGGCAAGGAGGCUCUGGCUGCCUUCCUGGGCUGGUUUGAUUACUGUGACCACCUCAUCACAGAGGCACACACGGUGGUUGCAGAUGCCUUGGCAAAGGCUGUGGCUGAGAAGCUGUUUGUAGAGACCCUGCAGCCCCAGCUCCUGCAUGUAUCUGAGCAGAGCAUCCUGACCUCCACUGCCCUGCUGACAGCCUUGCUGCGUCAGCUGCGCUCCCCUGCACUGCUGCAGGAGGCCAUGACCUUCCUCUUAGGCACUGACCAGCAUCCUGCAGCCAUAGAGGACAGCCCCCAUACUCUGGGUACACACCUCAUCAUGCACUGUGACCAUCUCUCAGACGAGAUCAGCAUUGCCACGCUGAGGCUAUUUGAGGAGCUGCUGCAGAAGCCCCAUGAGCAGGCCAUCCGCAGUCUGGUCCUGCAGAACCUCGAGGGCCGCCUGUACGUGGCCCGGGGCUCGCCGGAGCCGGAGAGCUAUGAGGAUACCCUAGAUCUGGAGGAAGACCCCUACUUCACCGAUGGCUUCCUCGAUUCUGGCCUUCAGCCCUCCACAAAGCCUCCCCCAGCUCCCGCCACCAGUUCGGAUGGCAAAACAGCAGUGACGGAGAUUGUUAACAGCUUCCUUUGCCUGGUCCCUGAGGAAGCCAAGACAUCAGCCUUCCUGGAGGAGAAUGGAUAUGACACAUACGUGCACGAUGCCUACGGCUUGUUCCAGGAGUGCAGCUCCCGUGUGGCCCACUGGGGUUGGCCCCUAGGCCCAGCGCCCUUGGACUCUCAUGAGCCUGAAAGGCCUUUCUUUGAGGGUCGCUUCCUCCAAGUGCUCUUUGAUCGAAUCGCCCGGAUUUUGGAUCAGCCGUACAGCCUGAACCUACAAGUGACCUCAGUCUUGUCCCGGCUCGCCUUGUUCCCCCACCCCCAUAUCCAUGAGUACCUCCUGGAUCCCUACAUCAGCCUGGCCCCUGGCUGCAGGAGCCUGUUCUCUGUGCUUGUCAGGGUGAUCGGUGACUUAAUGCAAAGAAUUCAGAGGGUACCCCAGUUUUCGGGCAAACUGCUCCUGGUACGCAAGCAACUGAUGGGCCAGGUUCCCGGAGAGCAUCUGGACCAUCAGACCCUACUCCAGGGUGUGGUAGUACUUGAGGAAUUCUGCAAGGAGCUGGCUGCCAUUGCGUUUGUCAAGUUUCCCCCACACGGUCCUUACCUGAACUUCUCUCCACCUCCAGAAGGGCAAGUCUGAGCCAGGAGCAUGACGGGUGGGGGAAGAUUCCUGCCUGUGUACUUCUGCCCACGGGCAGUCUCCUGCCUGGCCAUGCUGCCACUCUGUCCUCCAUGCCGGGGACUUCAGCUGCAGGACACCUCACCUGUUGACCCCACGAGCUGAGGUUUCAAGGAGGUGCUGGCUCCUAAGGCAGUGGUAUUCUUGGAGCCUUUUAGAGGAGCUAGAGGAUGGCCA